AUGAGGUUCUUUGUUCCUGCUGUCUUUCUGACAGCAUGCCGCGUGCUCACUGCUGCUGCUGCACCUGCUGCCGGCAUAGGAGACACCACUGAUGUGGCACUCGGUGAUGGAAUAACAUGCCCCGGUGCACCCACUUCAUGCGACGACGCCCUCACCCUGCGGCUUGGCCACAACGGAAUCAACGUUGGCGACAGCAAAACCCUCUACCACGAUGUCACUGAAGCCCUCGAAGCGCUCUGUGCCGAAGACUAUUGCCUGUCAAAAGCCGCUACAUUCCCCGUCUCGAUCAUAGAGUCCACCUCCCGAGGCCCAUAUUACAGAGAGCGCGUAGACAAGACAAUCAGCGUCACCAUCCUGACCGCUGACUGGGGCCGCCGCGUCGAUGUUCGUAAGUUCAUGAGCAACACCAUCGCCGCGGCGUUUGAGCGCGGAACCUACGAUCCGAAAAACUGCUACAUGAACCGGGUCAAGGGCGACAAGGUAGAGCAUUUCAGGGAUUGUAUGACGUUGGACUAUGCGGAGGUUGUCUUGUCGAAUGGAUAUAGCAUGAAGGUCAUGUUUGGCGGGCCACGCAGUUCGGUGAAGGGGCUGAACUAUGACUGUAAGAGGGAGGUUGAUGAUAUGUACCCGUUCCUGAAAAACGACUUGGCGUGGAAGGCGAAGGCUGUUUACGUCUAUUGUCUGUCGAAAUAG